UGUCUAACCUGUGUGUGUCUCCAGAACCCAGUAACAGGCCUGUUGCCCUGCAGUGUCCAGCUGCCAGAUGCCUGGGUGCGUGACAAUGUCUACAGCAUCCUGGCGGUGUGGGGUCUGGGGAUGGCCUACAGGAAGAACGCUGACCGGGAUGAGGACAAGGCCAAGGCCUACGAACUGGAGCAGAGUGUUGUCAAGCUGAUGCAAGGGCUGCUCCAGUGUAUGAUGCGACAGGUGGCCAAGGUGGAGAAGUUUAAACACACCCAGAGCCCCAAGGACUGUCUGCACGCCAAGUACCACACCCCUACCUGUGCUACCGUGGUGGGCGACGAUCAGUGGGGACACCUGCAGGUUGAUGCCACCUCUCUGUACCUGCUGGUUUUGGCUCAGAUGACUGCCUCAGGUCUUCGUAUCAUAUCAACCCUGCAUGAAGUGGCUUUUAUCCAGAACCUGGUCUUCUACAUUGAGGCUGCUUAUAAAGUCGCGGAUUAUGGGAUGUGGGAGCGAGGGGACAAGACCACAGGGAUCCCAGAACUGAACGCCAGCUCUGUGGGGAUGGCCAAGGCUGCAUUGGAGGCCAUUGAUGAGCUGGACCUCUUUGGGGCCCAUGGAGGACCCAAAUCUGUCAUUCACGUUUUGCCGGACGAGGUGGAGCACUGCCAGGCUAUCCUGUGCUCCAUGCUGCCACGAGCCUCCACCUCUAAAGAGAUCGACGCUGGUCUCCUGUCAAUCAUCUCCUUCCCUGCCUUCGCCGUGGAGGAUGCAGACCUGGUCACCAUCACUAAGACUGAGAUCAUAUCCAGGCUACAGGGACGCUAUGGCUGCUGCCGUUUCAUCAGAGAUGGAUACAGAUGCCCAAGAGAGGACUCGUCGCGUCUCCACUACGACCCGGCUGAGCUCAAACUGUUUGAGAAUAUAGAAUGUGAAUGGCCAGUGUUCUGGACCUACCUCAUUCUGGACGGAAUCUUCAGCGGAGACCUAGUACAGGUGCAGGAGUACAGAGAUGCCCUGGAAGAAGUCCUGAUCAGAGGGAAGCCUGGGAUCCGCCUGAUGCCUGAGCUCUACGCUGUCCCACCUGAAAAGAUGGAGGAAGAGUACGGGAACCCUCACUCCGUGGACAGAGUGGCUAUGGGUCAGUUACCUCACAUGUGGGGACAGUCCCUCUACAUCGUUAGUUCUCUGCUGGCUGAGGGAUUCCUCGCCCCUGGAGAGAUUGACCCUCUCAACAGGCGAUUCUCCACCAAUUUCAAGCCGGACGUAGUCGUACAAGUGUGUGUGUUAGCGGAGUCGAAGGAGAUCCAGGAGCUGCUGAAGAACGAUGAAAUAGAGGUCCAGACCAUCGCUGAGGUCCAGCCCAUCAGGGUCAUGCCUGCUCGCAUCCUCAGCCACGUCUACGUCAAACUGGGAAACUGCAAGAAGUUGAAUCUGAGCGGGAGGCCAUACAGGCACAUUGGAGUUCUGGGAACCUCGAAAUUCUACGAGAUCCGGAACCGUACCUACACAUUCACCCCUCAGUUCCUGGACCAGCAUCACUUCUACCUGGCUCUGGACAACCAGAUGAUAGUGGAGAUGCUAAGGACGGAGCUGUCCUAUCUCUCCUCCUCCUGGAGGAUGACCGGACGCCCUACCCUGACCUUCCCCAUCACACACAGCAUGCUGGUGGAUGAUGGUGAGAGCAUCGACCCGUGUAUUCUGUCCACUCUGAGGAAGCUGCACGAUGGAUACUUUGGAGGGGCAAGGGUUCAGAUGGCAAACAUCUCCAGCUUCCAGACUACCUCAUUCCACACAGAGCUCAGCUUCCUCGACGGAGACACCGAUGACGACCUGCUGGAGAAUGAAGAAGAUGAGGAAGACGAAGAAGAAAGUUUUGUCCCCUCAGGCAGCUCCAAGGACAUGUUUGACCACUACCUCAGCCAGCUGAUGCAGAGCACAGCCACCAAGUGUCAUCUCCCUCCCAUCCAGAGGGGGCAGCACCACGUGUUUAGUGCUGAACACACCACCAGAGACAUCCUCUCCUUCAUGGCCCAGGUCCAAGGCCUCAACAUGCCCAAGGCCUCCAUGUAUCUUCCCAUGACUCCCAUCAUGAACAAGCACCGUAAAUCCCUCAACCUACUGCACGUGUCCCAGCUCACACCGCUCCAUCCACACCACCACACACCACAUCAACAACAGCCCAAGGCCCCCAGUAUUGCAGACCUCCACCUGCCGCGAGACUCCCAGGGUAACACAGACUUUGGGUCUCUGGUGAGACAGUUGAAGGAGUGUCCCACACUGCAGGACCAGGCAGACAUACUAUAUAUCCUCUGUGUGAUGAAAGGUGCCGAUUGGCUGGUGGACGUGGGGGGUCAGGGCGGGGUCAGUGUGAGGUGUCUCCUGGAGGAGCUGUAUGCCCAGGCCGGGGCCAACAAGGAGUGGGGUCUGAUCAGAUACAUCUCUGGUAUCCUGAGGAAGAGAGUGGAGGUGCUGGCUGAGGCCUGCACUGAUCUCAUCUCCCACCACAAGCAGCUGACAGUGGGGUUACCACCGGAGCCCAGGGAGAAAGUCAUCUCAGCGCCUCUUCCUCCAGAAGAACUCAACUCUCUGAUCUAUGAGGCCAGUGGGCAGGACAUCAGCAUCGCUGUGCUCACUCAGGAGAUCAUGGUGUACCUGGCCAUGUACGUCCGCUCCCAGCCGGCUCUGUUUGGGGACAUGCUGCGUCUCCGAAUCGGACUCAUCAUGCAGGUGAUGGCUACAGAGCUGGCCCGCAGUCUACACUGCUCAGGGGAGGAGGCCUCUGAGAGCCUGAUGAACUUGAGUCCAUCAGACAUGAAGAACCUGCUACACCACAUCCUCAGUGGGAAGGAGUUUGGGGUGGAGAAGAGCAUGCGUCCUAUGCAGUCCUCAGCCACCAGCCCGGCUGUCUCCAUCCAUGAGCUGGGUCACACUGGGGCCACUAAGACGGAGCGCACCGGCAUCCGCAAGCUGAAGCGUGAGAUCAAACAGUUGGAUGACUGGUCUCGUCCGAUCAGCAUGAGUAACAGUGGCUAUUCCAUCAGCAGCAACGUGACCUCUCCCCGUUCCACGCGGUGCAGCAGCCCCUCCACCCCCAGUGGUAUCCUGUCCCCUGUGGGCCCCGGGGGGUCAGACAGCCACCUGCAGUGGGAGGAGCGGCAGGGACAGUGGCUGAGGAGGAGGCGGCUGGAUGGGGCCAUCAACAGGGUCCCAAUGGGCUUCUACCAGAAGGUGUGGAAGAUCCUGCAGAAGUGCCACGGCCUGUCAAUAGAUGGAUACGUGCUGCCUGCCUCCACUACCAGAGAGAUGACAGAAGGCGAGAUCAAGUUUGCGGUGCACGUGGAGUCUGUUCUGAACCACGUCCCCCAGCCAGAGUACCGACAGCUGCUGGUGGAGGCUGUGAUGGUGCUGACGCUGGUGGCUGACGUGGAUGUGGACAACAUCGGAGGGAUCAUCCUCAUCGACCGCAUCGUACACAUGGCCAAUGACCUCUUCUUACAGGACCAGAGGACCCAUGGAGCCAACGAGUACUUCCUGGAGAAGGAUCCAGCCACGGGGAUAUGUCACUUCUUCUAUGACAGCGCCCCUAGUGGCAGCUACGGUACCAUGACCUACCUCUCCAAGGCUGUGGUCACAUACCUACAAGACUUCCUGCCGCAGUCUACCUGUCUCAUGCAAUGAGGUAUCAGACUGGGGUUGAUGUAGAGCGCUCUCCCGGGCCUCGCAGGCAGCUAUCAAGAGAGUCUAGUCAAGUAAUAUAUUAUAGUGUGGAACGAAAUACUACUGCCUAGUUCCAAUUCUCCCCAAGUGUACACUCGUACACUCGUUCACUCCCGUUCAAGGAUGAUUUAAAAUCAUUGGAUUGAAUUCUUGAAGUGAAUGAGUGCACACUUCAGAGAGAAGGGGAGAACUAGACUUUGGUAGGAAGUUGUGGAUGGGGUUUGACCUAUGACUAAGAUAUUCACAACACACACUCUACUUUUAUUGCAGCUAAUUGAUUGAUUAUAAUCAAUAAUAUAGCAGGUUUAAAAUUAAAUAUAUAAUUAAUUAUAAUUAAAUAUGUUUGUUUUUUAUUUUGAGUGUUGGACGACACGCGGUACUAAAAUUAUUUAUAAUUUUAACAUUUAAUAUAUAUGUGUAAAUCAGAUGGAGUUGUUUAAAACAAUCUAAUGUGAUAUAAUGACUGUAUUUUGCCUAGCCCUCCUCUAUUGUAUCAGUCUCACCCUGUGUUGUGGGGAUAUAAACAUAUCUAAUCUAAUAUGAUAUUAUGACUGUAUUUUGCCUAGCCCUCCUCUAUUGUAGCAGUCUCACCCUGUGUUGUGGGGUUAUAAACCUAUCCAAUCUAAUAUGAUAUUAUGACUGUAUUUUGCCUAGCCCUCCUCUAUUGUAUCAGUCUCACCCUGUGUUGUGGGGUUAUAAACCUAUCCAGAAGUUA